AUGGAAAGUUGGUUGAAAAGUGGGUCUAUUAAUAAGACGCCUGCUACGGAGUCAUCUUGUUCUAAUAUAGAAGAAAGCAUAACCAACGAAAACGGAGCUAGCAACGUAUCAGAAACACUUGUCUCUCGUAUUAAAUACACAAAAUUCGCACUACAAAUAGACAAAUCAACCGAUAUUGCUGGUCUUGCUGUACUAUUGGUGUUCGUUCGUUACGUAAACAUGAACUCUUUUGAAGAAGAUCUUUUAUUUUGUAAACCACUUCUAUCUAAUACGACAGGGGUUCAAAUAUUCGGUUUAUUGGAUGAUUUCUUAACAGAAAAUCAGAUUCCAUGGACAAACUGUAUCGAUGUGUGUACUGAUGGUGCUAGGGAAAUGACAGGUGCAACAGCUGGAGCAAUAGCUAAAAUAAAGGAGAAAUCAAAUGAAACUACUAGUAGUCAUUGCAUACUUCAUAGACAUGCUCUAGCAAUGAAAAAUAUUCCUCUUUGUCUAAAAAACGUAUUGGAUGAAGCCAUAAAAAUAGUCAACUUCAUCAAGUCACGUCAUCUGAAAUCUAGACUUUUUAAAAUCUUGUGUGACGACUUGGGAAGUAUUCAUAAUACGUUACUUUUCCAUACAGAAAUCAGGUGGUUAUCUCGAGGUAAAGUAUUAACACGGUUAAUGGAAUUAAGGGCUGAAGUUUCUUCAUUUCUAAUGGACCACAACGUUACAUUAGCUGAAACUAUGAAUGACGUGACUUGGCUUUGUCAGCUAUCGUACUUGGCAGACAUUUUUAACAAAAUGAACGAGUUGAGUCUUUCUUUACAAGGAAGAACUUUGACAAUUUUUGAUGCGAGCUCCAGAGUAUGUGCAUUGAAAAGAAAAAUUGAUUAUUGGCAGUGUUGGGUAGUAACGUAA